AUGUCGAAGAGCACAUUACAGAGGCGUUUCAAGGAGAAGGAGUUUAGGAGACACUCAAAUGCCAUCAAGCCUAGAAUCACCGACGACAACAAGAAAGCAAGGGUUCGGUAUGCACUAUGUAUGCUCGACCCCGAUAGUGAAGAUCCAAAAUUUCAAGGCGGGUACAACAUCGUGCAUAUGGAUGAGAAGUGGUUUUACAAGACGAAGGGCUCUCAAAAUUAUUAUUUGGGCAACGAUGAAGAAGAACCUUACCGUUCAUGCCAAAGCAAGCACUACAUUGACAAGGUUAUGUUCCUAUGUGUCACCGGCCGGCCAAGGUUUGAUGCGGAUGGAAAUUGUACAUUUGAUGGUAAGAUUGGUAUGUUCCCCUUUGUGACCGAGAAGCCGGCGGAACGUCGUAGUGGCAACCGCGCGAGGGGAACAAUGGAAACCAAACCAUUGAAUGUUACACGGCUUGUUAGUCGAGAGUUCCUUAUUCAAAAAGUUUUGCCCGCUAUCAAGGAGAAGUGGCCAUUGGAGGAUAGAUGGAGCCCAAUAUUCAUUCAACAAGACAACGCGAAGACACAUGUAUUGCCAAAUGAUCCUGAAUUUUUAGAGGCGGCUGCUGCCGGAGGGUGGAACAUUAGCCUCAUUUGUCAACCUCCUAACUCACCGGAUACCAAUGUCCUAGAUUUGGGUUUGUUCGCCGCUCUCCAAUCAUUGUUUCAAAAAAAGUCUCCAACUUCUAUUCUUGACAUUCUCAUGAAGGUGGAACAAGCAUGGAACGAGUACCCGGCCGAGAGGAGCAACCGUGUCUUUUUGACACAUCAAACAUGCAUGGUGGAGAUCAUGAAGCUUAUGGGGGAGCACCGGUACAAGAUACCGCACAUUAGGAAGGGAGUUCUACAAAGAUUAGGAAUACUACCCGAAGUGCUACAUGUUGAUCACGCAAUUGUAAACGCGGCUAGAGAGUUCAUCAUUUAG